ACAGACGUGAAGGCGUUUCCGUUGACGUCAUUGCGUCCAUAACAGCUGCUGUCUAAGAGCGACAAUAACAAGCUGUAACGUUACCUAACAACUCCACCACGGCUACUAGGCAGCUCCAAAGAGCAUCGGUCCCACAAAAUGUCGCUAUCCAAAUAACCCUGGUCGUGGAGUCUUCGUCCCUCAAGCGGGAUAUCGUCUCUAACAGCCACCACCGCCACACUAACACGGAGUGUCGGGAUCAGGGCAGUUCGUGGCUGCAUCUGGGUCAGUGGGCCUGUCGGCGGCCGUACCGCAGUGUUUUGUUGCGCAUGUCAGUUUUUUGUUUACACCACAUAUAAACCUCGAGAACAUGCAGGCGAACAGGACAGGACAGGACCGAGACUCGCAGCAGUCCUACCAAAACGGGACUCCGAACGGCGAGGCGUCCUCCGCCGAGGUUCACUCCAACGGACUGUGCGGCGGCGGCAGCGGCGGCGGCGGCGGCGGCAGCGGUAGCGGCAGCGGCGGCGGCAGCAGCGGCAGCGGCGGCGGGAGCGGCAGCGGCGGCGGCAGCGGCAGCGGCAGCGGUACCGGCAGCGCGGGCUCCGCUCAGCCCGCAGCCAACAGCAGCAACAGCAGCAGCGGAGCGGAGAAGAAGAAGAAGCGCCUGUCUCAGUGCGAGGAGGACGUCAUUAGGCUUAUUGGACAACAUCUACACGAUCUGGGUCUCAAUCAGACUGUGGACCUCCUCAUGCAGGAGUCUGGCUGCAGGCUAGAGCACCUCUCAGCCACCAGGUUUCGCAACCAUGUCAUGGAAGGAGAGUGGGACAAGGCUGAGAGUGAUCUCAAUGAACUGAAGGCACUGAUGCAUUCUCCUAGUGCUAUAGUGCGGAUGAAGUUCCUGUUGCUGCAGCAGAAAUAUUUGGAGUGUCUCGAGGAUGGGAAAGUCCUGGAGGCCCUGCAGGUCCUCAGAGCUGAGCUCACUCCUCUGAAGUACAACACGGAGCGGAUCCACGUCCUGAGCGGGUACCUGAUGUGCAGUCAUGCAGACGACCUGCAAGCCAGAGCAGAGUGGGAAGGCAAAGGCACCGUGUCUCGAACCAAGCUGUUGGACAAGCUCCAGACGUACCUGCCUCCGUCAGUGAUGCUGCCUCCUCGUCGCCUGCAGACGCUUCUAAAACAGGCAGUGGAGCUACAAAGGGAGCGCUGCCUCUACCACAACACCAAGCUAGACACUGGACUGGACUCAGUGUCUUUGCUUCUGGACCAUGCCUGCAGCCGGAAACGGUUCCCGUGCUACACUCAACAGAUUCUCACUGAACACUGCAACGAAGUCUGGUACUGCAAGUUUUCCAAUGACGGCACAAAAUUGGCAACUGGUUCCAAAGACACCACGAUCAUUCUGUGGCAUGUUGAUUCGGAGACCCAGCAGCUGAAGCUGAUGAAGACUCUGGAGGGUCAUGCUUACGGCGUGUCCUACCUGGUGUGGAGCCCAGACGAUGUCUACCUCAUAGCAUGUGGUCCUGAUGACUGCUCUGAGUUGUGGCUGUGGAAUGUGCAGACAGGGGAGCUACGAACCAAGAUGAGUCAGUCUCAUGAGGACAGCUUGACCAGUGUGGCAUGGAAUCCAGAUGGCAAACGCUUUGUGACUGGUGGCCAGAGAGGCCAGUUUUACCAGUGUGACUUAGAUGGAAACUUGUUGGAUUCUUGGGAAGGUGUGCGUGUGCAGUGCCUGUGGUGUCUGAGUGACGGCCGGACCAUACUUGCAUCUGACACCCACCAACGCAUUAGAGGAUAUAACUUUGAGGACCUGACAGACAGAAACAUAGUACAGGAGGACCACCCAAUCAUGUCUUUUACGGUCUCCAGAAAUGGAAGAUUAGCUCUGCUCAAUGUUGCUACUCAGGGGGUGCAUCUAUGGGACCUGCAGGACCGGGUGCUGGUAAGGAAGUACCAGGGGGUAACACAGGGCUUCUACACCAUCCACUCCUGCUUUGGAGGGCACAAUGAAGACUUCAUUGCUAGUGGCAGCGAAGACCACAAAGUUUACAUCUGGCACCGGCGCAGUGAGCUGCCCAUCGCAGAGCUGACUGGACACACCCGCACAGUCAACUGCGUGAGCUGGAACCCCGUCCUGCCUGGACUGUUGGCCAGUGCCUCAGAUGACGGGACUGUCAGAAUAUGGGGACCCGCACCCUUUCUAGAUGUCCAAGACGCUGAAGGGCUCAAUGAAUGUUGCAGCAUGGACAGCUGAUGAUCUGUCACUAAUGUGACCCAGAGGAGAACUCGCGCCCUGUAGAUGGAGCUGCUGAUUGGAUGGCUGUUUGUAGGAGGCGGGGCUAGCGGCACUGUACCAGGAAGUAAUAACAAAGACCUGUCAGACUGCAUCCCAUGAAGAGUCAAGCAGCCCAGUCUCCAUCAUCUUCACCCAGGACCACCCACCUGUUCGUAUUUAUUGUGAACUAUUAUUUAUUGCAGAGUAAUUUGACUCUGUGACUGGUGGCAGGGGCUGCACUGUGGCAGCAACUGGUGUAGGGGGUUGGUUUUCUGUUUCUGCAGGUCUGUGUCCUCCUAAACCUGUUUGAGAUUUCACUUGCAAGACGUUUGAUGGAUGUCACACCCACCUAAAUAUCUUUUAAAUGCAAAUAUCUGCACUGCCCUGUCUUUUUAUGUGCCAGAGAACAAAUAGUGCUUGGUCAGCUGGUCAGGAAGAUGUUUAAUCACUCCUAUAAUAAUAAUAAUAAUAAUAAUAAUAAUAAUAAUAAUAAUAAUAAUAAUAAUAAUAAUGAUAAUAAUAAUAAUAAUAAUAAUAAUAAUAAUAAUAAUAAUAAUAAUAAUAAUAAUAAUAAUAAUAAUAAUGUUGUAAUACAUUGAGUGUUGGCUCAGUGCAGCUGAUGUGUGUCAGGCUUCUUCCCUACAUCAGUGUGGGUUUUGCCCUUUUCUGUACAGCUUUGCUUUUUUUACUGUGUUCUUUAGAGAGAUUUCUAAAUUUGGUAUUGACACUUCUUUUGGUUUUAUUUAGUUAUUACAUACCCAAAUAUUCAUUUCCUUAGCUACGUGUGGAGGUAUAGUAUUCACAGCUCAUACUCCACAUUUGAUCUGUUCAUAUCCAGUAAGAUGUGCUUCUUCAUGACUUUUCAGCUGUCAGUUUGUUGGUCCCACUGACAUAAAUCUAGAAACUCUCCCUGUAAUACCUGUAGUUGUAAUUAAACAUAUGACACAGUGCCGUUGCCUGGGACUAUCUGUAGAAGGACUGUGUCCACGUGAACCUUAUGUGUGCAUGGGGAUCACAGACGUCUCCCGGUGUUUCAGUAGGUGGCACACAGGUUCAGCUUCACCUUAGUGAACCGUGUGUACAUAAAAAAGUUAGUAACAAUCUGGCCUGAUACUCUGGUAUGUGCUGUCUGUUGAGGCUGUGUACAAACAGGAUGGCGGCUUCACCAGGCUCCUCCUCUCUAAGUUCAACACGGAGUUCAGGAGCUUUUUACAGUUUUUUCUCUGCCUUUGCUGCUGACCUCCUGCUUAUUGGUCGCCUAUCAGACCAUCAUGCUGCUUCUUGCUAUUGAUAACUGUUUCCUGGGCAAUAGAAUGCAGGAAUGUGAGACCCUUUUUCUCUGCCAAGAAAUCGUCACAGCAAUUACUGGCUUUUACUUCCAUUAUACACUCUUUCUUUAACUUGCUUUCCUUUUCUUGACCUGGCCUAAUAAAUAACUCAGUUUGCUUGCUUACGUACAUACCAUUUUAUAUCUUGAUUUUCCUGUCCUGUAUUGUUCUGUAUGCAUAUUCUAUGUAUGCAUAUUUGAAAUAAAGCAUUCAGGGUUUUAAACUUGUAAA